AUGGCAUCUGAUCAACAAAAACGACAAGAACUUGACGAAAGGGCAAGGCAUGGAGAAACUGUAGUUCCUGGUGGUACUGGUGGCAAGAGCCUUGAGGCUCAGGAACAUCUUGCUGAAGGAAGGAGCAAAGGAGGACACACAAGGAAGGAGCAGCUGGGGACAGAAGGGUACCAGGAGAUGGGACGCAAAGGUGGGCUGAGCACUACGGACAAGUCAGGAGGAGAGCGAGCUGAAGAGGAAGGCAUUGACAUCGAUGAAUCCAAGUUCAGGACUAGGAACAAGUGA